AUGCGAGCUGCUCAAGGUGAAGAUCUGGGUGUCAUCUUCAAGAACUUCGAAAUGAGCUAUCUGGAGUCUUCUGUGUCUGCAACAACUUCUGAAACCAAUGCCAGCGGGGCCAAUUCAUCAUCUGUAAUGGACGACUCUUCUUCCUCGGCAUUGCUCACUAUGCCAGAAAUCAUGAAUCAUCCCCAGUUCUCGACCGUUCGAACAGGGCAGGCCGGAGUGACAGGCAUCGCUCUGCUUGCUCCAAACCAACAAGACGCAUCUGUCGACAAAAUAAAUGGCCCACUGGAGAUGUUCUUCAACUGCGUGGGAGCGCUUUUCUACAUCAUGAACAGGGACGAUGUUCAGAUAAGUAUUACGGCACUGAAGGCUUCUGGGAAUGGCCACACACCGCUUGGAGACAUGUUCAACAACGGAAGCAGGACACAGCUGCGCACAUACGCCGCAGAGCUUGCAGGCAUGGCAGCCAUCGGCGUCGUACAUUCUCAACUCGCUGAUCCCGCAACGGCACCGCCACCCGAACUUGCUGACUACUUCUAUGCAGUCGCAAAGCACGGUCUAGACUCUGCCAUAUCAUACAGUCCGCUCCGAGCGAUGAAAGUAUGCGCGUUACUUGGAAUGUAUAAUAUCGUCGUCAAAGCCACAGUUGCUCUAGCUUACAUUGGUAUGAUUCGGAACCUAAAUAUCCCCAUUAGAAAUGUUACCGCUAAUUAUCUUCCAGAACUUGGACUAAGUCUUCCUCGUAAUCACAAAAUCAGUCUCGCACAAUGUCCACCGGGCUGGUCUCCAGGCUACUACGACGACAUCCGCCGCACACAUAGGACUCUUGUUCACUUGCAAUGCUGGCUAAGCGCUUCACUUGACUACGAUUCGCAAUCAUUAGUUCUCGAUGCCCAUUCACCUCAAGAUGAAUUGGACGUUCCGCCAGAAGACAUGAUUCGUCGCGAAUGCGUCAAAGUGUCCAUCAUCAAGGCAAGCUUACUUCGUCGCUUGCCGACAAACGCACCUGUGCUUGAAAGCACCAUACUUGAGUACCGUGCGCAAUUGUCGAGAUUCCAUGCGCGACUACCUGAUUGGAUGUCAGUUGCGGCACUGCUAGGUGGUGAAAACACUGAACUCAUGGCCAUAUUCCGUCCGGUGAUAUUCUACGUCCAUCUGUUCUACCUGUCAGCUAUGAUGCUGCUCUCACGGCGGCUUACGAUAGCAUACAUCCCGCUCAACGCGGCUGGCGGAGUAAGUCUUCCAUCAGAAGCACGAAGAGCUAUCGAGGAAGGAUACCAGGCCGCGGAAACGAACGCUUCUGUUAUGAAUCUCAUGUUACAGGAAGGCAAAAUAGUACAAGUUUGCUGGCUCUGCAUUUACACCUCCUACACAGCAGGUAUCAUGAUCGCCCACAAAGCCUCGCAAAAGGCCCUAAACUCCGAGCCGUUUACUUAUGAUUUGGUGUUGUUGAGCAAAUGCAUCAGUGUUCUCGAGUACUGUGCGAUCAAAGAUACACUUGCGGGAAGGUUUCGGGAUAUUCUUGCAGCUCACAUGAGUGGGCUUCGGGACUAUGAAUCUUCCUUAGUCGGCGGCGGGGCUUCCGCGGUGCCCUUGUCUUCAUCGUCGGAUGACAGCCUCUUCCUCUUUCAUCGUGGCUCGUCCGAGCUCCACAAAGCAGCUCUUGACCUACUUCGAACCAUACAUCACCCGUUCAGUGGUUUGAAAGAUGUCAUAACACAGAACACGCUCUCAAAUCGCGCUGAGACAACGAUGGGCACACACCUUGAGUGGGAGUACGAGCUUGAGAGCCGAGAUGAUGUGGAAGCACGACCAAAAGGCUAUAAGAAUGCGGACGAGGCUAAUGCUAAAAUCGAGCCACUCACACCUCUGUGUUCGUCCUCUGAGCAAGACAAUUCUAUGCAGAAGUUGCUGGCUCAGCCACAAGGGGAAGCUUGGACAACAUGGACACCUGCAACAUGGCAGAAGUCGUUCCAGAUGCCACAAAAGUAG